AUGGAAGGCAAAGAAGGCCAGCGACUCAUCGUCGUCUCGAACCGACUGCCAAUCACCAUUAGUAAAGAUGCCAAGGGAGAAUACCAUUUCAAGAUGUCCUCGGGAGGUCUAGUCUCCGCCCUCUCAGGCUGCAAAAAGUCUAUGUCCUUUAUUUGGAUAGGAUGGACAGGAUUGUAUAUCCCCCCCAAAGAUCGUGCAUUGGUCGACAAACGCUUAAUGGAAGAGUACUCUUGCCAGGCUGUGUACCUCGACGACGACCUUGCCGAUCGACACUAUAAUGGCUUCUCUAACUCUAUCCUUUGGCCUCUGUUCCAUUACCACCCUGGUGAAAUGAAUUUCGACGAGGCGAAUUGGCUUGCCUACCGGCAGGCUAACCUCAAAUUUGCCGAAGCUAUCCGCUCCCUAAUCCGUUCUGGCGACAUGGUCUGGGUUCAGGAUUAUCACCUCAUGCUGCUUCCGAUGUUAUUGCGGGGCCUCGUUGAUGGACCUGGCAAGGAUGGUAGCUUGACGCAGAAGGAACUAGCUAAGAUCAAAGAAGGAAUAGUAGAGGAUACCCCGGAGGUCGAACAUGAGACCCUCAGCGACGUUAAGAUUGGGUUCUUCUUGCAUACACCCUUCCCUAGCUCCGAGAUUUAUCGGCGAGUUGCAUUAGUCACACUUCCUCACACAUUCCACUCAUUUUUGUCCACAGGAUUCUUCCUGUCCGACGAGAAAUACUUUUGGGUAUUCUCUAUAGUGACCUAA